AUGUCUACUACCUUCUCUCUCCUUUGCCUUCCCAAAAAGGCACUACAUCAUGUGGUUUAUAGUAUUGAUUAUAUUGACAUAGUCGCAUUCUCUCUCACAUCAAAUAAAACUAAAGAAGUGGUCAAAUCUCUCAAGUUGGAAAUCAAUAAUAUCAGUUUGACCCUUGAUUAUAUCAUCAGAAUUCAAAUCGACGAUUUCAGAAAUUCUACGUCACCCAUGAUUUGGAAUUUCUAUCCGGAGAAGGAUUAUAAUAGCAUCGAACCAAUUCCAAUUUAUAUGUCAGCUCAUGUAGAAGGAGUUCGUGACGUUAACCCUCGACAAACCCUCGCUAAAUACCGAAAUCCAGGUCUCAGCAUCCGAGAAUGGUUAGCUCACUUUCAGUAUAUAUUCUCUUUCCCUGGAAGGAGCCCACUUCUGUUUGGCAGUGAAACAUGUAAAUUUGAAUUGAGCUCUCUGAAAGAAACAAUCGGAAAGUCUGAUGUAACAACGCUUGUAUUUUAUAACUCCUGUAGUUUGGAAUGCGCACAGAUGGUGUUGAGACAAUUCCCAUUCAUCAAACGUUUCUUUGCGUGCAGUCAAAGUUUUGAGGACCCCAGCAUGUACAGGAACAUUUUGAUUCAAAACUUUGAUACGUUAGUUCUCGGGCACCGUACCACGUCAGUGAAAAUUGAAUUGGAUGAGUUGUUGUUGAUAAAUAGCAAGGAAAUACACAUUCGAUCAACAACCAUCACUGAUAAUGUGAUAAAUCGGUUUCUCAAACAUUGGAUUGAAGGAUCGAACCCGAGAAUGGAUGUCGUAAGCUUUGAUUUUCGUGAUGGUCGGUUUCUAGAUAAGAAUGCUAUAUUAAAAGGAACGAAUUAUCGCGAAGUACUAUUGAAUGAAGUCAGACAUUCCAAACGAUUUGCUCAUGGGAUCAUAGAAGUUAAAGGCGGAUACGAUAUCCGUCGAAAGGACGGAAAUGUAGGGACUGUCUCAAUUCUACAACAAGGCCAAAAACGAAUGGUUCAAUUUUUCAUAUGGAGUUGA